AUCCGUCGGGCCAAAGUACAAAAACAUUUUUUUUGUGAAACACAAGGAAAUGGCACUUCACGGUGUGCAUUAUGCUGCAAAUAUGAUAGACCGCAGAUUCCUAAGGCCCUGGGUUUUCUGACCACCCGUCGCCGGCGGCCGGCGACCGACGCGUGUCCGCCGCCGACGACGUUCGGAUGUUUUGUUCGGGAAUGUUUGAGGGUGGUUUCUCUGAAACGCCGCCGGCGGCGGGUAGGUCGACGGGCGAAGGUCACACGCUGCACGCGUCGGUCGCUAUCAUUUUUGUAGAAUAGCGACGGACGGCGUCUUGAUAUUGAAAAUGUCUCAUUUCAAUAAAGACAACGAUGAAUUAUUAAUAAAUCUAAUACGUUGUAAUCCUAUAUUGUUCGACGCGUCUGACAAAGAUUAUAAAAAUAACAAUUUAAAGCACAGAAAAUGGGAAAAUAUUAGUGAAACAAUGAAAAUUCCAGGUGAGUGUUUAUUUACAAUUUUACAUUCUUAUUCUUCGUGCACGACUAAGCCUGUAGUUGUAUUGUCGUUUAAGAAUAUCUACUUGACUUUGGAUUUAAAAAAACGCUGGAAACAUUUAAGAGAUCACUAUAUGAAGAAAAAGAAAGCGGCUUCAGGCACUGGCCAAGCGAAAAAUGAUAAUAACACAUGGGAAUAUAUGUCACAAUUGACUUUUCUGUCACAAGCACCAUCACAGCGACACACGCUUACAAAUGUAGAAUCAGAGGUUCAAAUAAGUGAAGAACAAAACGAGAGUAUAUGUGAAGAAAACACACCUCAAAAUACAUCUCAAGAUAGUGUGUAUCUAGAUCUAGAUAAAAAUAUGAGUGUAGAUUCUCCACAAAAUACUGAUGACUCGUUUGUGGAGCCUACUGUAAAAAAACGUAAAAAAACGAAUGAUUUAGUUUCUCUUUUAAAACACAGGCAAGACGAAAGAGCACGUGUUUUUGAUAAAUUAUUAUCAGACCCAAAAAAGUCUCCUAUACACAAAUUUUUUGAGUCGAUGGCAGAUAUUGUUUGCGAACUUCCACCGCAUCUUAUUGCUGAGGCCCGCUUGAAAGUUUGUCAAAUGGUUAAUGAACUAGAAAUAAAGAAUAGCCAAUCAUUGUCAUUAACACCUAUGCCGUCAAGUUACGAUUCUUCUGAUAGCUGGCCUUAUUAAAUUUAAUAAGUAAAGUAAGGUGAACCUAAUUAUGUAUUAUAAAAAAAUGUUGAUUUUUUGAUUAAGCAAAUAAGAACUGUCUAAGUAUAUGGCUACAUAUUUGUAAACAUUAACUUUUUGUUAAAUUAAUUUUCAAUUACAAAUAAAUGAUUAUUAUUGUUUCGAUUUAUUUUAUUAAAUGUACAUACCUUAUCGACACCGCUAGUUUUUGAGCUGGAGAAAUAGGCACAGGAUAUUUAUUACUUCGCUUCGUAGUAAUAUCACUUUCAAUCAGAUUCAAUACUUUUGCAAACUGUUCUCGAGUUAGUCGAAAAUAAGAUGUAAAUUUUUCUUCAUUGCACAUCAAGUGUUUGAGAACCAGGUUAAAAAAUGCACCUUCAUUUUCCCGAUUUUUAAAUAUAUCGGUUGGCUCUCUUUUAUUUUUUGAUAAUAUUAAUAUUUCAUCGUCUUCUUCUUCUUCUAACAAUAAAAAUGUUAGUAUUUUUCUAUUCAUUUCAUUUAAAGCACAGCACACCAAUUCUCAAAGCGGGCACAAUGCGACUGAGCUCCUUCCCCGACGACGGGUGGCCGCGGGCCAGAAAACCCACGCACCCGCGACCGACGGCGUGUGGCACAGCGUGCGACGCACGUCCAGACGCCGCCGGUCGCGUGUGACGGGCCAGAAAAACCACGGCCUAAGUAAUACUCAAAAGUAAUGAUGGAAACUUGGGUUCUUUUAUAAUGAAACUAACAGCAAAGACUCAGCCGUUUCCCAAAUUUAUGUUUGGUGUAUCUUUUAAGAACACCUGCCCUCUGCUGUGGUGGAAAUUAAUUCCAUCAAAAACAUAAAUGUGAAACGAGAGCCAAGUUCAAUAUUAAGAAUAUUCGUCGUUGUUGACUUCGCCGGAAAAGGAAUUGAGAUCUAUAUGGAUGAUAAGUUCUAGUUUGCUUUGUGCAUACAAAGGAUAUUAAAACUAACGUGUACCAAGAAAUGGACAUGUGUGUGAUGGAGAAGAUGAACUGCACGAUGAGUGUUAUAUAGCACAUACUAUUGUUUGCUAUGACACAAACCAUUGGAUAUAGAUCCCCAAAGGUAUCUUACUACAUUCUUUUCAAGUUGGAUACAAUUUUGUUGUCUGCACCAUACAUUAGAACAUAACUUGACCGAAUCAAAUAGCAUAAUAGUGUAUUAUUUUAAAGGGUCGGCUUAGUGUGCACAAGGGAUAUUAAAACCACCACCAAGGUGAUGAUAACUAAGAAAUGUUGAUGUUGUGGAAUGUGUUGAAGGAAUGUUUAUCAAGAAAUGGACAUGUGCAGUAUGCAAAAAAUUAACUGCAUAGGCCUUGUCGCGUACCUAGUACUGUAAAUUGGUCGGUCGGGCCAAAGUACAAAAAAAUGUUUUUGUGGAACACAAGGAAAUGGCACUUCACGGUGUGCAUUAUGCUGCAAUUAUGAUAGACCGCAGAUUCCUAAGUAAUACUCAAAAGAAACAAGCAUAUGACUGUGUGGCUGAAGAAGUUGAUGGAAACUUUGCUUCUUUCAUAAUGGCAGUAACAGCAAAGGCUCAGCCGUUUCCUAUUUUUAUGUUUGCUGAAUCUUUUAAGAAUACCGCUCUCUGCUAUGGUGGAAAUUAAUUCCAUGAAAAACAUAAAUGUGAAACGAGAGCCAAGUUCAAUAUUAAGAAUAUUCGUCGUUGUUGACUUCGCCGGAAAAAGAAUUGAGAUCUAUAUGGAUGCUAAGUUCUAGUUUGCUUGGUGUGUAAUUAAAGUUCAGGAUUUGACUCUUCUCAUUUUUUUGUGACAAGUAAUUACAUGUAUGAAGUGCCGCUCUUAAAAUACAUUUCUUACGAUUUUGAGUACCUAAUACUUAAACCAGUAGUGGCUUACAAAAUGUACCUGUAUUUCAAAUUUAUAUGCCCUUUUCAACACACUAAAUAGUUUAUACCCACCAAUUUGGAUGUAAACGAGUAAAUACUAGUAGUUUCUUCUAGCUUGUACUUUGCACGUAGUGGAGGACCAACAAUUCGAGGAUAUUUGGUAUCAAGAAAGUAAAGUGGUUGAAUUUAUGAAGUUUCCCAUAAAUAUAGGGUUACUCAACCUAACACAAGCCGACGAAAUCGCAGCUGCAUGCUGUACGAUACAUACCGUACAUUUUGAUAUGUAGGUAGAGUAACAAAAUGCUCAAGUUAGUUUAACGGUAAUCUUUGGUACAUAUGGAAGUGGAAAUAUAGUCUUAAUUUAAAAAUUAUGUUGGCGUUUCCUUUAAAGACCUGCGCCUAACAAAUCUCCUAUAGGACGCUGACUGUACAGUCAUGCAAUGCAGUGGGAAUUCACCAACUAGCUCGGUGAAUCAUAUUAUGAGACACAUGAUUAGUAAAGAAAUGAACUUGCAUCAAAGGCAUAGACGUCAGUCUUCGCCAGAGGAGCAACACUUUUUGGCAUAUGCAUAAAAGACUGCGGACAUAAAAGUACCGUGUGAGGACAGCGUGGACUUGUCCUAAAUCGAAUUCUGGAUUGCAAUUACAGAAAAUGGGAAAAUUUUGGUAAAUUUACUAAUAAAUUCAUUCUUAAAUAUUAGCAGACUAUUAGCCAGAGCCAGACCGCUAAACUGACUUUUUUUUUCAUGUUUAGCAUUUAAGCUUUGUCACCCCGUAACUAAUGCAGACUAUCACAAAGCGCAAGCUUACGACCUAACUAUAUUUGACGUAAAAUAAAUGCUAAGUAGAUCCCUGGCAUCAACCGAGACUGACUGACUUCUGUUGUGAUUUUCAAUGAUGCUCACGAGUUCCGUUCCGACUUGCUAAUUAACAGGAAUUUGUUAUUUAUAUUUUCAGGUAACAUAUAUAUCUCAGCCUUGUAGGUGGAAACAAGAUGACAGUUAUCAUAAGAAGAAUUUUAGAGAAGCUAUUUACUAAAAAUUUAGCAGUUCUGUGUAACUGGACGGGAAAGUUGUGUCACGAACUUAGAACCUCGUCAUAUUGAAACUUUUUUUUAUAAUAACAUGUCAAUGUCAUAAAUGAUUCAUUAUAAUUUAAUUUCGCAUCGUACUACUUAAAGUGCUCAACAUUUUAAUGGGCCGAUUGGCCCAACAUGGGAUGGCUUACGUUGACCCUACCGUUGGACCAACUAUUUUUAGGGGUGACAUUCCUCACGGUUGGCCAACCAAAUGGUAGACGGAGGCCUAACAAUCAGCCAACCCAAAAUGCUUUUAGGGUGAAUUACAGACAUAAGCGGUGGCCUCCUCUUUGACAAAAUUUUGGACAUAUCUACUAGAGAUACCAUUUACCACAUUACAAACAACAACAACAUUAUUAUUUUUUACAUUUUUUAAUUUAGUAACCGAUUGCAAUUCGUUACGGGCGGCGU